AUGGUUGCUGCUGGCCUCAGUGGGACCCCUGGUCAGGCGAAUAACCAGGACAGGGACAGACAACAGGCCCAGAUUGGCAACAUGGUGGAAUUUGCCAUCGCUCUAAUUGGCAAGCUGAAUGGCAUCAACCGACACUCAUUUAAUAGCUUUCGACUCUGUGUGGGUAUUAAUCACGGCCCUGUGAUAGCGGGGGUGAUUGGGGCGAGAAAGCCUCAGUAUGACAUCUGGGGCAACACUGUCAACAUAGCCAGCUGGAUGGAGAGCACUAGGGAGCUCAGGAAGAAUCGGGUCACAGAGGAAACAUCUGACGUGCUGCAGAAGCUGGGCUACUCCUGCGAGUACCGAGGCUUCAUCAACGUGAAAGGGAAAGGGGAGCUCAAGACCUUCUUUGUGAGCACAGACAUGAGCAAGCAGCAGGGCAUGGGCCUGAGCUAA